GCACGUCAGAUUGCAAGCGCUUUGCGGAUUUGUGCGCGGGAAAUGCACAACGGAAACUAAGUUCUUGACAAACGAACAAAAACGGAGUGAUUCAGUUAUUGUGCAUGCGAGGCAUAUAUUUUGUGCUGAUUUUUGUAAAAUGAAUUUAAAAAUAGUAAUAUUGCUUGUGGCCAUUGUAUGCCAAUACCAAUACAAACUUGCCAGUGCUCAUUUGAGACCUUUACAUCCCGAUCCAGAGAACGAUGAAGAGGGAGGUGCAGGCUAUAGACUUCCCAAAUUGCCGUCUAUACUUAGGCCCGAGGGACAAUUAGGAAGUUGGCAACGACUCACCACACCUAGCACCACCACUAUUAAUUCCAAUACUUUCCCUCAUCUUAAUACAACAACUUCUCCUGCCGCCAUGGUAAAAAAUCUAACCAGUAACGAAGACUGGAUCACGGAUGAUAAUUACCAACAGAGGGAGGAAUAUUCUGAUAGCUAUGGCAGUGGCAGUGAUAGUGUCAGUGGCAGCGCAGAAGUCAACUUCGAUCCCACUUCCAGAUCGCAGAGCAACAUUACAGAAUUCGAGCGCAGUACCAGUGAUUCACCUCACCCACUCUAUUGCUUGCCGGAAGUUUUCGAGCAUGAUUACGUGAUCGUUGAAAACUACACACAACCCAACACAAAUAUUUGGAAGCGCGCACGCAUUGGAGAGCGCGCGGGUCUAAGGGAAGUAUGCCUGAAGCCAAAUGGCUUGCCGCUGACGCGCUUGUGCCGCUAUAAUCCCUUAACUCGUGCCGCUGAGUGGGAGGAUAUCAGCGGUUGGAGGCACAUCGUUUGCAUGCGUCAAACUCGCGAAUGCAUACUCAGCGACAAGCUGAAUUCAUUGCAUGAGAAGCUGCUCGAAGGGCAGGUACUGCAAGCUGGCGUGGCACAACGCAGUCAAGUGACUGGCGAACUGUAUACAAUGUUGCGUGAAAAAAACUUCAAACUAUUACCCGCCGACGUGCAUUUGACGUCACAGAUACUGCAUGAGGUCGCCAUAACGGCACAAGAUCCCGAGGUUUCGGCGGAUAUGGUGCGGAUUUGCGAUCGCCUAAUGUCGAGUGAUGAGCAGGUUUUACGCAUAUCGGCUGAUUUGAAUGCCACCAACUCCAUUCUGCAGACGUUUGAGGAGUAUAUGGAUGCACUAUCCGCUCGUCAAGUGCCCACAGGAGAUUGUUCGAGCACCUCAACAACAACUAUUGUGUCGCGUCCGAGUGAGGAAUCAGAGGCGGAUAUUGCAAUUAGCUACUCCAAGGCGGUGGAAGAAGUGAAGAUGGGGCACUUGGGUGUACGUGCUCACAUUUCCACAAACAUAAGCGUAUUCUUUCUGAAUCCUGAAUGCGCCAACAUAUCCGGCAUUGCUUUGUACGCACCGACGGCCCAGCAAAGUACGGGUGAGCCACAUGCUUUGAUCAAUACGGUAGUAGCAAACUUCCGCUACCGGUUUAUUAACAUGAACGAAUCUGUGGAUGCGCUGGCGCAGGAGCCUGAGCUGCAGGUAGCCGGAUUUCUGUCUACGAGACUCUGGCAGCAUGUGCGCGCAAAUUUGCAGGCGAAACGCAAGCUGCCUGUGAUUGUCAUGAAAGUGUAUGGUCAUGACGCGCUGUUUGUGGAUCCGGCAUUGGUGCAUACGCGCAAACCAUUUAGCAAAAUCCUCUCCAUUUCCAUACCGGGGUACAACGAAAACUUCCCCGAACCUUUAACUUUUCUGCUGCGAAAUCGUUUCGAUUAUUUGGAUCCUUCGGUCAUAGCGCAGCCGGGUACAGGCUGCGGCUAUUGGAACUACAGCACUUGGGUGAAUAACGGCGUUCAGACGGACGCUAAGGAUUUGCUCAAGCAUUCCGUUAUAGAGUGCCGCACACUGCAUUUGACCCAGUUCUCGUUUCUCUUGGGCGGCACCUACAAGCAGGCGGAUAUUACCGAUGACGUGCUCAUUACGCCCAUACAUCUGCGGGCUUUGGACAUAAUAUCGCUUAUCGGAUGUUCACUUUCCCUGAUGGGCCUUCUGUGCAUUUGGGUCACGGCAGCAAUGUUUAAGAGUUGGCGGGCGCUUGCGUCCACAAAAAUUUUACUAAAUCUUUGUGUCGCCCUUACUCUGCAAAUGGUGCUCUUUGUUUUCGUCAACACAGAGGAUAUGUCCGCCGAGUUGGUGGAGGAUCGGCUGUACAUAAAUUGCGUGUUGUUGGGUGCUUUCCUGCAGUAUUCCAUUUUGGUGCUCUUCAUGUGGAUGCUAAUUAUAGCGGUUCUGCAAUUUCAGCGCUAUGUGACCGUUAUCGGCAUUGAGCGCCCAAAACGAUACAUACUAAAGUCAGCGAUCGUAGCGUGGGGCUUCCCGCUCAUACCCACUUUGCUCGUGGCCUGCAUAGCCCCCAGCUCGUACAUACCCACCGAGUACGAGAUACAAACGAGCACUGCCAUAUGCUAUCCCAGCGGAUUAGGAUUGACGCUGGGCGUAAUCUUGCCGGUGACCGCUGUUGUUGUCGUCAAUCUUACCAUUUUCAUUUAUGUGUUCUAUAGCAUCUCGCACACACUUAAUCAGGCAAUACACCGCAGCGAGAAGAAAAUGAUCAUCAAGCAGAUACGCCUGUCGGUGUUGUUGUUUUUCCUGCUCGGCAUUUCGUGGAUCUUUGGUUUAUUCGCCUACAUGCAAGCCGGCGUUUUCUUCUCCUACCUCUUCUGCCUCACUGCCACCCUGCAAGGCUUCGUGCUGUUCAUAUAUUUCGUUCUCCUGGAUGAGGUGCCGCGCAGUGCCUGGCUGCAUUUGCUCCACCCACAAAGCAAGAAGAAUAGCAGCAAGCGCUCUACCGAAUUGCAAUCGAUGACGGCUUCGACGGGUCUGGAGAGUGGGAUGUGCGCGCGCGACGCCACAACACGGCAGGCCAGAAAUGAACGUGCGAAUGGAGGCGCCCAGCCACAGGCCUCUCAGCCUCAGGGUCCGGCUGGGUCAAUGUAAGUUAUUGUAUAUUGUAAAAGCCUGCUUGUAAGGCAUUUGAGGCGCAUUAAUCAAAUCAUUAUAGACUGAAGAGUUGACACACAAACAUAUUUUUGUGCAGCACCAGCAUUUCUACUUUCUGCUAAUCCACACACACACACACACUUGAAUUAACAUUUUAUGUUUCAUAAUAACAUUUACAUGCAUCCACACAUUUACAUACAUUUGUUUAGAAUACAGCUGUAAGCAUACAUAUGUACAUGUUUAUUGAUAAUAAUCGGCAUCGAAUGCUGCAAAAGUAUUUUAUGUACCUUCUAGUUUUAAGUGCCACAUAUAUUUAUAUACUGACGUACAUGUGUGUAUGUACAAUUUUCGUUUUUACGUACUUCAUUUUUACUCACAUAAGCGUGUUGAACAAAAGUACCAAAAAUAUAUAUUAAUAAAAGUGA